CUCUCUCUCAUCCUAAUUCCUCAUAAUUCAGCCAAAAUUCAAACCCUUCCAUUUUAAAUUUUCAUAAUUUUCGGAAUCUCAUACUCUUCUUCUUCUUCUUCUUCUUCCUCUGUCUCUCUUCUCACUGAAUUUCAAUUUCCAUUUUUUUCCCUUAAUUUGCAGGAAUUCAAAUUCUCAACAAAACAAAAAAAAAUCCAAAAUCCAAGUACUCACUCAUUUCUUGCAAACUUGGAAGCUUCGUUUUGCAAUUCCUGGAAAUUUCAGCUCGAUUUGCAACUUCAAAUUCUGGAUUUUCUGAUCGACGGCUUCAGCAUGUGAAGACAAUUUCUGGAUUUUUCUACCAUAAUUAGUAAAGGAAGUAUUUUUUUUUUUAAAUUUUUUAAAUUUGAAUAAAAAAGAGAAGAGAAGAAGAGCUUCUUCAAUGGCCGACUCGGACAACGACUCGGGCGGAGCGCACACGAAAUCAAACAGCGAGCUAUCGCCUCGGGAACAGGACCGGCUGCUGCCGAUAGCGAACGUGAGCCGGAUCAUGAAGAAGGCGCUGCCGGCGAACGCGAAGAUCUCCAAGGACGCGAAGGAGACGGUGCAGGAGUGCGUGUCGGAGUUCAUAAGCUUCAUCACCGGCGAGGCCUCGGACAAGUGCCAGAGGGAGAAGCGGAAGACGAUCAACGGCGAUGAUUUGCUCUGGGCGAUGACGACGUUAGGGUUCGAGGAGUACGUGGAGCCUCUCAAGGUUUAUCUGCAGAGGUUCAGGGAGAUGGAGGGGGAGAAGAGCAGCGUGGCGGCGCGUGACAAGGACGCGAGUGGAGGUGGCGGGAAUGGUGGGGUUGGGUACGAGAGUGGUGGUGGGAGUGGAGGAGCAGGGGUAUAUUGGCAGCAGCAACAACAGCAGCAACAGCAGCAGCAGCAUCAGCAUCAGGGACACGUGUACGGUGGGAGCGGGUUUCAUCAGAUGGGUGUGAGUGGAGUUGGGUUGGGGAAGGGUGGGCCCGGAUCUAACAUGGGUAGACCCAGAUAAUUAUAGUGGACUCUCUGCUCUCUGUGGCUAGUUGCUUUGGGUGUCCUUUUAUAAAUUAUAAUUUGAUUGCUAAUUAAAGUCUUUCUUAAUUGAGGACAGUGUCUGUGUAGAACUCCUAGUUGUUACUUAUUAGUGCUUUUGCUGAAGUGUUUUAUUUUUAUUUGUUACUAAAAUAGUUUGUAAUUUGGGAUUAUAUAGAGAGAAUAGAAUUUGAGUAGAUUGUGGUAUAAAUAUUGUGAUUUGAGUCAAUCAUAUGAGUAGAGGAAUUUUCUUUGGUUA